CUGAUCUAUGUUCCCGCUGCACUCGGCAGUCAAGGUGAAAGGUUGUGAAGAUGGCGGCGGCCUUUAUGGAGGAAGAAGUGGAUAACGAUGACUAUUAUUCGCUAUUAAACGUCCGCAGGGAGGCUACCCAGGAGGAGUUGAAGGCAUCGUACCGCAGACUGUGCAUGUUAUACCACCCUGACAAGCACAGGGACCCUGAACUGAAAAAGCAAGCCGAGCAACUCUUUAACCUUGUCCACCAGGCCUAUGAAGUGCUUAGCGAUCCUCAAUCAAGAGCCAUCUAUGAUGUGUAUGGAAAGAAGGGACUGGAGAUGGAAGGAUGGGAGGUGGUAGAGAGGAAGAGGACGGCAGCUGAGAUCCGAGAGGAGUUUGAGAGGUUACAGAGGGAGCGGGAAGAAAGGCGGCUUCAACAACGAACAAACCCCAAGGGGACAAUUAGCGUUGGCAUAGAUGCCACGGAGCUGUUUGAUCGCUAUGAUGAAGAUUUUGAAGACCUGCCAGGAAGUGGCUUUCCCCAGAUUGAAAUUAACCGUAUGCACAUCUCGCAGUCUAUUGAGGCUCCGCUAACAGCAACAGACACGGCCAUUCUCUCCGGGAGCCUCUCCACUCAAAAUGGCAAUGGGGGUGGAUCAAUAAACUUAGCGUUGAGACGAGUGACCUCGGCCAAGGGAUGGGGAGAGCUAGAGUUUGGAGCUGGUGACCUUCAGGGACCCCUGUUUGGACUUAAGAUUUUUCGGAAUCUCACACCAAAAUGUUUCUUCACUACAAGCUGCGUUUUGCAGUUUUCCUCCCAGGGAGUCAGACCUGGCCUCACAACGAUGGUAGCAAGGCAUCUAGACAAAAACACCAUGGGUUACAUCCAGUGGCGUUGGGGCAUCCAGUCAGCAAUGAACACUAGUAUUGUCCGGGACACAAAGACGAGCCACUUCACUAUGGCCUUCCAGCUUGGAAUCCCCCAUUCCUUUAUGAUGGUCAGCUACCAACACAAAUUUCAAGAUGAAGAACAGACACGACUUAAAGGAUCUAUUAAGGCAGGCUUCUUCGGGACAGUGGUGGAGUAUGGCGCAGAGAGGAAGAUCUCUAGACACAGCGUUUUAGGGGCCACAGUGAGUGUCGGCGUGCCACAGGGAGUAUCAUUAAAAGUCAAGUUGAAUAGAGCCAGUCAGACGUAUUUCUUCCCCAUUCAUCUGACAGAUCAGCUUCUACCAAGUGCGGUGUUUUACGCCACUGUGGGACCCCUUAUUAUCUAUGUAGCGAUGCAUCAGCUUAUCAUCAAACCUUACCUCAAGGCACAGAAAGAGAAAGAAUUAGAGAAACAUAGGGAAGACUCAGCAUCUGACGUCUUAAAGAAGAAGCAAGAAGCAGAGGCUGCAGUGCGAUUAAUGCAAGAGUCUGUGCGGCGGAUCAUAGAAACUGAAGAGUCUAAAAUGGGCUUGAUAAUAUUGAAUGCUUGGUAUGGCAAAUUUGUUACCGACAACAGCCGGAGAAAUGAGAGAGUGAAAGUCAUUGAUGUGACGGUGCCCCUGCAGUGCUUGGUCAAAGACUCUAAGUUGAUCCUCACAGAAGCUUCAAAGGCUGGACUGCCUGGGUUCUAUGACCCAUGUAUUGGGGAAGAUAAAAGCCUAAAGAUCCUCUACCAGUUCAGAGGGGUUCUGCACCAAGUCAUGUCUGGAGACAACGAGCCACUUAGGAUACCAAAGCAGUCUCACAAGAUCGAUGCGGACGGCUAGCCUAUACCAAGAGCAGAAUUUUGAUACUCAAAACAUAUAUCCGACACCUGGAACAUCUACCCUGGAUUAUCUGCACAUGAAUCCAACAAGCUGAAUUUUUUAAGACUAUAUCCAUUAUUAAAAAAGAAGAAACAAAGUUGUCAGAAAUAAUAUAUGUUAUAGUAAUGAUGAGCAUAUGCUGAUAAAAUGGCAUUGUUUUACCAGAGCCAUAUUCUCCUUCAAGGUUCAAUUGGUUUUACCCCUUGGUGCAAUCAUAACAAUUGGUCUUCAACUUGUGCAUCUCUGUCUGUUGUGGAACUACAACUCCUAGCUUGCACUGAUACGCUUUAAGUUGUAGUACUUCAACAACUGGUGUAAGGUACGUGUGGAGAUGUCUUUAUGUUGCUGAACACCCAACUUUUUCUAUCUGUUACAUGAUGUAUGCAUCUGCAUAUUAUUCUGUCUUUAAGGGAGCACUACACAUCAGUGGAACUAAACUGUAAUACCACGCACAACCUGUUGACGGGUGUGGUGCUGUUUUUGAAAGAAAGCUGCCAUGUUUUUUUUAAAUCAUGGACUAUCCCUUUAAAAUCAGUAGCAGUGUUAUAAUAUGUAUUAAUGAAUAUCAGUUACACCUACGGUAUGUAAAGUUUUCUCAAGGAUGCCUGUGCUGGAGAUAUGGGACAUAAAGUAGUUAAUCAUGAGGGCAGAAAAAAUUGUGGACUCCCUGACAACCAGAUUUUAGGUUUAGUGCCCCUUUAAAUACAUUUGAAGGCAUCCACUUGCAACCAUAAGUAUGGAAAUGCAUUUAACUAAACUGGACAUGUCUGCAGCCCUGGAUAUGCAAGGAUAGGGUUUUCAAUUUAUUUUAUGCCCAGUUACCAUCUAAGCUAUGCAUUGCACUGAUCUAGCAAUUCCAUUGGUCCAGAAACUGUAUAAGCAGUUGGGUUCAGACUUAUGGGAUUGGCCUAUCAGAAUACAGACUGCAAUAUUCUGGGGUUUUGGUGCAAAAUUUUCUGUUCUUUCAGAACACUGUGAUGCAGGAUGGUCAAAAAUGAGAAGGUCAAAAAUCUGGAAUCACACUGGAUCUGUGAAUAUCUGACUGCAGGAACUUAUUUUCCAUCUACCAUGCCAAAAAUUCCAAAUGACAUGUGUUUGGGGACAUGUGCCAGGAGGCAGGGACCUAUUUAUUGAAUAUAUAUGUAUACAGGUUUUAGUAGACUUUUUUUUUAAAUUGCACAUCUAAUUUUUUGCAAAGUCUCUUCCUUGGCCUAUCCUUGAAAUUGCACCGUUUAUUUUCCUUUGCUCACUGUUAGCCCUGUCCCAUAGAGCAGCUUCUUGUGCUAUAUUUUACCGCAAGGGCCUCCCUUGUUCCUUACACACGCUGUUAUCCUCUAGGCUGAGAGUGGAAUAUAAGAUGAUAUUUUGUGUGUCUACAUGGUACGGGGGUUCCUUGGUGCACCCACAAGGCUUUUAUUUGUCUAACCCAUGAUAGAUUUCAUUAACCGCUCCACAGCAGACUGUGUUCCCUGGAUGUCAGUCCCUCUCAUCUUCUGCCAGACAGUUCGCCCUGAAAAUGUCCAUCCAAGAGACCUGACGAGGGAUUUGCAUGAAAAGGUUCAUUUUCUACUUCCUCCUCCACGCUGCAGAAAUAAAUACAAUGUGAAAUAAACCAGGAUAUUUUUCCAAGUCUUACUGA